AGGCGACCCCUGUUCCUGUCUCAACUAGAUACAAUAUCUUGCGACUGAUGCUCCACACUAUUUGUCGCAUGGGUGGCCCCUUUUAAAUGUAGUGGUUUUCCUUUCUCUUGUCAUGCGUGCAUGACUCUUGUUCUUGCUUUGAUUUUGGGUUUUUGACUUUUUUUUUGAUUUUUUUUUCUUUUUAAUUGCUCUGAAUCAGCCGUCUUUUGAGCCUUCUGGAAGGCUGUCCGUUCUCUUUGGCUUGCUGGUAAAUCUAUGAUAGAGUCUAUUCGCCCGUCGGCGUCUUCCUUUCUUUCUGACCCCCUCUUUUGAUCCAAUUUGAUUCCAUUUCUUCCUCUUCCCCGCAAGAGUCGCUUUAUCCCGAAAAAUCCCUAUCCCCAGAUCGCGAAUAUCCCCCGUUUGAAUUGCAUAGAAAUGGCGAGGGGGAUGUUUCUGGGAAAGCCGCGUCCGUCGCCGGUGACGGAUGAUAUCUCGAGCCCUGUCUUCAACUAUACAGACGCCUUCCCCCGCAAUGAUCUUCGAGAGGUCAGACAUGGAGCCAAAAAUGGCCGACCUGUGCACCAGAAACAGUGGGAUUUCCACCGCCCUAUGACAUCGGACGGGCAGCAACAACAGAAGAAGGCUCGAGCACCCGGUCAGGACUUUGAUUUCCGGAUUAAUAUCCCUGCCCCGGAGGCGGCGUCCACCGAGCCCGACAAAAGAUUGAACGACAGCAUGAUCGGAAUCGCGCUGGGUAGCCCUCGACUGGUGGAGUCGCAGAAUAUCAUGUCGCAAAUGCAGGAAAAGGCCAUACAAGCCAAAUCGACCUCCAAACAGCAAGCAAUGCAGCGGAAACCAAGCAAGUGGAGGAAGAUUGGGGGGUUAUUCAGGGCAAAGACUGCAAUGACACCUGCGAAGCAACCUUUCUACCAGGUCCGCCUCAGCACUGAAUGGCCUUCCCAGGGCUCUACUCACUCGAUUGACUACCAGUUCCGCCCGAACGAGUCCAAGUCCCAUAUCCAAUGUGCCCUUGAGACCAACCCCAUCUCGAACACCGAGGUCUGGCCAUGCUUGGCCAGCGGUCAAGCGCAGCAGAAUGAUGGUGGACAAAGCCUACGGCCGGGUGCGAAACAAGCUGGAGACACGGAGUCUUUGCUUACAGUAGACAUCCCAGACGUUCAGAUGGAGCGGUACAGCGUCAUGUUUAGCGGUCUCCUGACCCGUGAACCAUCUACGCGCAAGAGGCGUAGCAAGACGUUGGAAGAUGUGAGGCCUGCCAACACUGUGGAGCGCUCCAUCUCCCCAGAACUACGUCCUCCUCCCCGACGACAGACGACUGAAGCGGCCCGAUCCCGCUCCAAAUCUCCCAGUUUCUCUCUUUUCCCAUCCGUUCAACCCAACCGAUCAUCGAAAGUCCCGGGAUCCACCCUCCCCCGCGAACCCAGCCCUUUACACAGAAGCCAGUCAUCGCUCUUAGAGUCGUAUCGAGAAAAUCCACCGAUCCAACCAAGGCAGCCCUCGCCCACACCGCGCAGUUCACCCCAGAAGGUCCCUGUUUCUCACAAACCACAAUUUUCGGAAUCGUCAAUCCUCACAUUUACAUCCCUGGAGGAAGCCGACGACAAGAUUAUCCUCCAGGGUGUCAAGCCUGUGCAAAACACCAAAGACGAACCCGCAUGGGAGUUUGUAAACAAGAACCCAACACCAGCAACUAAGCAGGAAAUUGGCGCUACGCUCAAAGUCAAUACACAAGAGCUGCCCCCCCCAGAGUCCGAGGACAUCAACUCCGCCGCGUCGUCGCCCAUCCUCUCCCCUCUCUCAAGCGUCACCGCCAACUUGACGACCUCCCCGUCCGGAGGCUCCAAGACAGGCAUCUCCCCAUCCGUGGCCUUCAAGCCCGCUAUCUCCCCAUCCGUGGCCUCAAAGCCCACCAUCUCCCCAUCCGUGGCCUCCAACCCAGGCAUCUCGCCAGCCGGCUCAGCCCGAAUGCCCCUCGCCGACGACAACGACAGCGACAACGAAGACCCCGAAGUAGACUUCGACCUCGACAAAGACACGGAAGCGCUAAAGCCCGAGCAGCUGCCCAUCCCUACAGUGGAAGUCUCCAUCGCCCGAUCGGUGUCCGUCUCCCGGGGCAAAAAGCAGAUCAUAGUACCUAUCGGCCCGCGCGCCGAUCGUCUCAACCCAGAUGAGAGAUUGGUUGACCGCAAGGCCCGCAUGGUUCGAGUGACUGAUGGGCAACAUGGACACCGCCAUGGGAAUUCCCAGGAUGUGCGAAUUGAGAUGGCGUGACCAGCCUUGUUCAUUCAUUCUUUUAUUCAUUUUAUAUCUUUCUUCUUCAUUCUUUGGUUCAUUUUCCUGCGCGGAGAGAAGACAACGACUAGAUGUCGUCCUGCCCCCCCACUUUUUUUUGGAAUAUCUUUUAAUACCAGCGCUGGUAGCUAGCUAUUCAUUCGUCUUGUUGUUGACGACGUCGAUCUUUGU